AUACCGAGUUUCAGUGGUUUUAUUUUAAAAAUUGUUGAUCCAAGUAGUAUACGACGACCGUACAUUUCUGGAUCACAGCUAUUUGAAAUCAAAAUUUUGUUUGUAGAUGACAUUUCCGACCAUUUUAUUAUCUAUGAUUUUACAUUUUACCUAUUUAUUAGUAGUACUUUUUGGUGACGCUAUUGACGCACAGGAGACUAAUUAUAAGUUUAGGCUAAGGAAACGAGUUGUUGGUACGCAAGUGAGGGAGCCUUUUGGACUUGUGUACAUCAAGGGGCGGCUUGUCGGUGUCCUUGAACCUUUCACCGAUCUUUACCAAUUGGCACCCGUUCCAAGUGAUCGUGAAGGUCUCGUAGGGAUACUAAACGAAGGUCGACAAGCCGAGCCCAGCGAGGAAUUCGAAACCGAUCAAAACGAAUACGUACGUUAUACGGACGAGAACUAUCCAAUGAUUUUGACAGAUUUCAAAAUCGACAGUAAAAUCAAUGCUAAGCAAGACAAUUGGCGGCCUUCUAAUGAAAAGGACAAUCAUCGUCAGGGCACUGGUCGUGGUGAUGAAUCUGUUAAAACCACAUCGGACUCUAAGAAGUCUGAUUCGUCAGAUAAACUCGAGCGGAUAGAAGGCGAUCUGCGUGGACUCAUAUAUGAUUUGGGCCUCACCGACUCGGAAGCAUUAAAAAAUGGAAAAAGAGCGAUUAAACGAGACACGAAUAUCGAAGACGAGGACUUGGAAGAGGGACCAAAUAAUAUUCAAAUUGUAAAAGCCACGCAUGAUUCCGAAAGAAAGAAACGAGCUGCAUUUAGCGCUACCUCCGCGAAUCAAGAACCCAGAUCAACGGAGCAGAAUGUCGAUGAAAGAAAAGCGACAACUGUUAGUUAUCAAAGCGUGGAAGAGGCGAACGUGAGGAACAGGAGGCAUGAGUCAGUUGAUCUGAACAAGUCGCCAGUGGUCUAUUCCGAAAAUGCUCUAUCAAAAUUAGAAAAACGCGAAGGCACCGAAACAACGAUGGAAAAACAGUUUGAGAAAAAUAUACAACGCAUACAUGCGAUAAAAGACGAAAUGAAGGGAGGGAUAGCGUCUUUACAAACCAAAACUUUGGAUAAUACACAACGGAGCAAACAUAAAACCUCCGAUAGUUUACAGGAAGUGGAAUCUAAGGAGGUUUAUCCUUUGGAGCACAAUGUACGUACCAAACGAGAUGCAUUUGGUGAUGAGAGUGCGUUUACCGCUAAGAUAAAAAGUGGAAAAGAAAGUGAAGAUGAAAAUACUGGUACAAGAGACACGAUGACUACCGUCACAAGUUCAAAUCCAAGACAAACAGGGGCACCCCAAACUCUUGGCAUGGCAUUGCUUUCCAAUGGUGUCAGUGAACCAACACACACCGAAAGUUUGGCAUAUGACGCUUCAACUCGGAAGCCGUCCAGGAAGCGACGCGAGAUAAACGGGCGUAAUGUUGCAAAUAUAAUUCAUACGCGGAAAAAACGGGCUGAAGCUCUAAUACCAUACGGUAACGUGGCCUAUUUGCCGUACCGCGCAGAAGAUGAGGAAAUCGACGAAGAGGGUGAUGAAUACCAAGAUGACGGUUUUGACGACCGUUCGGUCAGUUUCGGCCAUUUGGGCAGAUAUUCACUAGAUUACCCGAGUCAUUUGAAAUACGAGGAAUCCUACGGGACAAAUGGUCGCCCAAUUCGAAAAUAUUUCAAUCCAGACGUUUACGAGCAUGCUCGAAGCAUUCUGCAGGAUGCUUCCCCAUAUAUUAGAAGGAAACGGCACAAUUUUGCAGCGUUACAUAGCGGAGGUCUUACGCGUCACCGUUUGGCGGAGAGACAAUUUCGAGAAGAGGCUUCAAAGAAAGGCAUCGUCCAACCUACUGAAGGUGCCACACGGGAACAGCAGCGCAUUACCGAUUUGUCCGAUACCGACUUAUUCCGUGCUCUUCCGCAGAGUUACGAAGGUGAAUUGUCGCGAUUUAAACGAGUCAAACGAAAAACUGCCUUCCCAAAAGGGGAGGGUUAACACUUGUUUUAUUUAAUUUAUUGGUAACUAUUAUAUUAUUUAAUAUUAUAUUAUACUAAAAUGGGUAUGAAUCGUGAUCAUUCUUCCUUUCUCAUGGUAGAUAAUAUAAACUUUAC